CUUUAUGUUCACCGUGUUUACGAAGUAUGCAGAUUGUUGCAUGUUAUGUAGUCACUACACCAUGCAUCCUCGCUAGUCUACUACUAAAAUGUGUUAACAUAAACUGUCAAUUUAUAGUUGGUGAAAUCUGAAAGUACUUCAAUACGCGUAACAUCGAGAGGGUUGAAAUUACGGUACUCAGGGGCCCGCGGUGCUACAAAAGACAGUACAAAUAACAUCAAUAUAAAAGAUAAAUAAACUAUAGUAUAUGCAGUAUAAAAAGUAUUAAUUGAAUGUGCAAAUAUCAAAGGUCAGGUGACUACAAAAGACAGUACAAAUAACAUCAAUAUAAAAGCUAAAAAAAAACUAUAGUGUAUGCAGUAUAAAAAGUAUUAAUUGAAUGUGGAAAUAUCAAAAGUCAGGAGACGUGUGUAACACAGUCAAGGUAAGAGAACCAAGGCAAAUAAGACAUUUAUAAAUUAGAACACAAAACCCCAAUGCUGCGGAAGUGGCUGGUGCGACCCUUAGUCUGGUGUGAGUGUGUGUGAGAGAGAGUGUGUGUGCGCAUCUAUAUGUUUGUCAGACUUCAGAGUUCUGGUGGGCAGAGGACAGAAGACGUAGAGCGUGCAGAGAGUUCAGAUUCCUGACAGCUUUGAGACUUUGAGUCGGCUAGUCCUGGUCCGCAGACUGAAGAGGAUGUGUGACGGAUGGAUGGCAUCCCCUGCUAUGCGGAGGGCUUUGCGGGUGCUGUUAAAUGUCCUGCAGUGAGGGAAGAGAGGUUCCGAUGAUCUUCUCAGCUGGCCUCACUAUGCGGUGGCGAGUCUUGCGGCAGGAUUCGGUGCAGGGUGGAACAGCCCAGGCAUGAGUGGCGCACACCUGGACGAAUGGCAAAGGAGGUCCUUUGACAUUUCAUCUGGCAAUUGUACACCUGAACAGACGGCCGAUGCCUACCGGGCCCACAUCGUUUCCAUUCAGUAUGCAUGGGCAAGUUCCCACCUAUCAGAGGCCGCCAUGGGCAGUCUGCUCAGGACCUACUCAAAGCGCUAUGCUGCAUUGCUGGACUCGGAUGACCCCAGCACGGGGCUGAACAACUAUGCAGAGAGCGCGCUUCAUCUGGCCCGUAAUCAGAAGAACCACAGCGACAAAUGGGAGUCGUCUCUCACCAUGGAGCGUAUGCUCGACUUGCCCUGCGUGCAGAAGAUGAUUCAAGCAGGGGCAGGGGGAGAAGGCUCCCUCGUGGCAGCAGCAGAUGUUAGCAUAUCUGUUGGACAAGAGUGCAGCAGCAUCAGCAACUCCUUGUCUGCUUCCACUGCUCCGGGCAGGUCAGAGGCCACAUCCUUCAGACCCACUUGGCCAUCACAAGCAAAAGUAGAGGUGAAUAACACAGCCGCUGUUUCUGUGGAUAGACCAAAAACCUCUGAGGGCAUGUCAGAUAAUAUCUAUUCAUCUUCACGUCCAAAUGCCAGAGCGCAGCCGGUGUUUAGCCAUCCCUCUUCAGGUCCUCCUCAGACCAACACACAUCCCACAGUCAGCAACUAUCAAUCCGGCUUCUUUCCUACCUCCAGUCCAUCAAAGCGAAAUAAUUUUUACAGUCCAGAUGCAAGUGAAGGUAGAAGGGGGCCACAAGCAGGGGCCGACAUAAGACCAACAAGUAACUUCAAAUCAGCCCGUGAACAGCUAAUUGUGGAUCAACAGAAGAAACAUUCCCAGCAGCCCCAAAGAGGAGCAACUUCUGUGGUGGCAGCUACAGUGAAGAAAUCCCUGGGAGCCAAUAGGCCUCGAGGUGCUUUCUCUAAAUUUGUGUCUCCCAUGCCACGACAGGACGAAGAGGAGGGUGGGCCGAGAACCAACUCCAAUCGGGGACCUCAGGUUCUGGAUGAACGUCUGAAAAACUUUGAACCAAAGAUAGUGGAAUUGAUCAUGAGUGAGAUCAUGGACCACGGGCCCCCUGUGGUGUGGGAGGACAUAGCAGGCCUGGAGUUUGCUAAGACCACCAUAAAGGAGAUUGUUGUUUGGCCAAUGUUGAGACCUGACAUCUUUACAGGCCUCCGGGGUCCACCUAAGGGAAUCCUGUUGUUUGGACCCCCUGGGACUGGGAAGACGUUGAUAGGCAAAUGCAUCGCUUGCCAGUCGGGUGCCACAUUCUUCAGCAUCAGUGCGUCGUCGCUCACAUCCAAAUGGGUGGGUGAGGGGGAAAAAAUGGUGCGGGCCUUGUUUGCCAUAGCACGUUGUCACCAGCCUGCUGUCAUUUUCAUUGAUGAAAUUGACUCGCUGUUGUCCCAGCGCACUGACGGGGAGCACGACUCAUCACGCAGAAUCAAGACCGAGUUUCUGGUUCAGCUGGAUGGGGCCGCCACAGCCGCCGAGGACCGCAUCCUGGUGGUGGGGGCCACCAACCGACCUCAGGAGAUAGACGAAGCUGCCCGUCGUCGCCUGGCCAAGAGGCUGUACAUCCCCCUUCCCGAGGGCCCUGCCCGACAGCAGAUAGUCACCAACCUCAUGGCUCGAGAGAAGAACCAGCUGAGAGCGGAGGAGGUGGAGCGCAUUGUAGCGAACACUGAGGGCUUCUCUGGGGCAGACAUGACCCAGCUGUGUCGAGAGGCGGCCUUGGGACCCAUCCGCAGCAUCCAGCUAGGUGACAUCGCUACCAUCACGGCAGAUCAAGUUCGGCCAAUCCGCUACGGCGACUUCCAAGACGCUCUGAAGACGGUGCGGCCCAGCGUCUCAUCUAAGGACCUUGAGCUGUACGAGGAGUGGAAUAAGACAUUUGGAAGUGGUCGAUGAUGGGCUUAGUUCAAGAAAACGCACCUUUCAUCAAAACUUACAAGUGGCUUGGCUUUUUACUUUGCUUCAUGAAUAAUUUUCAUUAUCGGAAACAGUUGAAUAAAUAUUCCUUUUCUGGUUACUAAGCAAACAUGCACAUAUUGCUAUUUAGACUUUGUUGUGAAUUUUGUUUCUGAAAUACUGUCCUUAAUAGGAUAUUCUCAAAUGUUCCAGGUUAUGACUUGUAAUUAAAAGUUGGCGUUGUAGUUUUUUCUCAAAUACAAUAAAAUAAAAUGCUUACAGCA